CGUGCGCGCGCGCGCGCGCACUGCAGCAUCGCGACGCGGCGCGGCGCGGCCCAGACACGAUCCGGGACCUCGCAACAGCCUCCGGGUUCAGGACCGGGACACCAGGAUCCCCCGCCGGGUGGGACCGAGGCGGCGCCCGUCCGUCAUGACAUGUAGCUGUGACGAUGGCUGCCGUGCGCGUGUUUCGUGUGCUCGUUUUGGCGUGCGUGUGCGCGCUCUGGGAGGCCAAGUCCGUGCACGAGUAUUUUGAGGUCCAAAUCAAAGUCCAGGUGUUGGACAGCAGCGACCUAUCUCCGCUGGCCGACGCCCUGGUGCAGGUCCACGGCAAUCAGAGCGUGUCGGCGAGCGCCCGCGCCGGCGCCGACGGCACGGUGAGGGUGGACUUCCGGUACCGGGCCGCCACCUGGGUCAUCAUCAGCGCCGCCAAACCCGACUACGUCACCAACUCGGUGCCCUGGUACUCGGGCCGCCCGCCCCUGUACGCCUCGGUCAGUUUGUACCUUCUGGCUCGUCGACCCGGUACGCUGAUUCUGUACGAUGACGUCCUUCAGAUUCUGUCCAGCUCGCCAGGUGGCGGCGAGCGUCCCGUGGCGCAGCUUCCCAGGAAGUCGCUGCGCCUGCCGCCCGGCUCCGACGGCACGGCGCUGUCGGCCUGGCUGACCGGCGCCGGGACUCGGGACGAGAUGGGCGGCUUCCCCUUCCCGCUGGGCCGGGAGAUCGACAGCUCAGGUGCAGACUCGGGUUGGACCAACCUGACGCCACUGGCGCUGGUCAGCAUCGAGCUGUCGGACAAAGACGGCGAUCCCGUGGCGGUUUCCGACUCCAUCCACGUUUCCGUGCCGCUUCCGUCCGACACCCGCAACAGGAUGGCCACCAGCGUGCCCACUUGGAUGUACCAGCACAGCACGGGACUGUGGGUGCGCAACGGCACGGGCUACGUCCAGAAGGAAGACUCGCACUUCGUGUGGAACGCCGUCCUUCCUCAGACGGGUUCCUGGUUGGCCGCCUUUCCCGCCUCCUCAGGACUGGGCCUGAGCCACCCGGGCCUGAGGGACAUCAACACCUACCAUACCCUGUUCCUGCUGGCCAUCCUGGGCUCCUUGGCUCUGCUGGUCCUCAUCCUGCUGUGCGUUCUGCUCUACUACUCCAGGCGGAGGUGUUUGAAACCUCGUCGGCAGCCGGGGAAACCUCUGCCGUCCAACGCCAACGGCGCAAAGCGGGACCAGGGCACGUCCACGUCACGCCUCAAUCUGAUAUGCGGCGGUCACGCGGAGUCGGGCCCGUCCGACGACAAGUCGGACCUGUCCCCGUCUCGAGAGUACCGGAGCUCUCGCGAGGACCUGACCGAGCAGCUGCGACGCGCCACGGGAAAAAACGCUUCGGGUUCCCAGCGCGGCGAAAGCUUCGCCCUGAAGGUGACCCGAGCCACCGACGCCAAGAACCCGGACGACCCGCUGCUGCGCGAAGACUACAACCGGGCCUACGGUCCCACGGAAGGCGGAGAGUCCGACUAUCACCGGCACCGCAGCGCCAACGACAAUCGCGGGUACUCGUCCGACCCGCCGUCCCCGCCGCGCUUCCAAGGUUACGUACCGAGCCAGCCCGACGAGCCGCCGGAAUAUUCGGCGGCGGCGGCCGACGGCCUGGCUCGGCCCACCUCCCUCGGCACCCAACCGGGCCAGAUCAUCUUCUGCAGCUCCAUCGACCAGAUGAAGGAGAACAUGUACCGCAGCAUGGUGCCCACCCUGGUCAUCCCCGCCCACUACAUGCGCCUGCCCUCCGAGUUCGCCGCCAAGGACGGCAAAGAGCAGAAGGAGCCGGCGGACAAAGACGGCGUCCAGGUGGGAGGAGCCCAGCAGAAGCAAGGUCAGCGGCACCAGGGCCAGGGCGGCCCCCGCGGGGACGACUCGGAGGAGCCCGGCUGGGCGUCCGACCCGUCCGCCGGGCCCGUCACCAUCCCGGUGCUCUUCAACGACUCCGCCAUGGCCCAGAUGAACGGAGAACUGCAGGCUCUGACCGAGAAGAAGCUUCUGGAGCUGGGCGUCAAGCAGCACCCGCGGGCGUGGUUCAUCUCCUUGGACGGCCGCGCCAACGCCCACGUGCGCCAUUCCUACAUCGACGCCGGCAACGACCUGAGCGGCGGCGGCGGCGGAUUCGGGGGCGGGCUCGGAAGCUCUCCGAGAGACGCCAACCUGGCGCCGCCUUUGGAGGCUCAAGAGCGCGGCGGCGGGCGCGAGGCGAAAGAAGAGCGCUGGGAGGCGGGCCGCAAGGGGCGCGGCGGGGCCGGCAAAAGCUACUCCAAGCUGGCCUACCCCGACCUCGGCGACCCCGGCGAGGGCCGCCCCGUGUCCCCCGAAGAGAACUCCCUCACCCCGCUUCUGGACGAGGGGCCGCCGUCCCGCGGCCGCGCCGUCCCCGGGCGGGGGCGCGACCGCGACUCCGCCGCCACCAGCCCCGAGGACGACGCCGACGACAAAGAAGAGAACAAGAAGAGCCCCUGGCAGAAGAUCGAAGACAGGCCGCUCAUGGUCUUCCAUCCCAGGAAGUGAAGGAAAACCCGCUGUGGGAAGCCCGGUGAACCUUUCUUCCCUAACCUACUAGUGCGUCCAAUUGUCCGUGUACAAUUGCGCUCCUUGUCCUCACUGGUAAGACGAUUCCGUGUCCCGGGAGAAGGACUAGGCGCAUCAGUUCAAUUGUUUUUUCCCACUACUGCCUUACACUUCCUCGCAAUAGCAGAAGAACCAGGGUGCACUAGUAGACCGACAUUGUCAACUGUCUGACAUUUCGGGAGACUAGUAGAAUGACUCGAGCCCACGUGUGGAAUGACUUUUUCCACUUCCGCCUUGCACGACCGAAUGACAUACUAGUGCGUGCUAGUAAAACGACAUGUUACUAUUCUGGUAAAAUUGUGCUCUAGGUGACAAAUGGGUGCUACUUGGACUACUAGGAAUCAGUGAAAUGAACAUCGAGCACUUCACGAGUAGUACUCGUAGUGCAAGGAUGUCUACGAGUGCAGUUUUGCCUCACUGGUAACAUAGUCAUUCUACUAGUGUGUCUUUGUAAUUCUACUUGUAUGUUCUACUAGUGCACUGAAUUGUCUGUGUACUCGUAUGCUAGUUUGGUUCAGUGCAUUAGGAGAAUGAUAGUAUUGUACUUGUGACAUUUAUUUUCACAACUAUGACAUUUCUGCGCACUAGUACAAUGACUAGUUCACAUUAGUAAAACGACAGCAUGUCACUGUUGAGGUGAAAUCCUAUGCUAGUUGACAACUGCGUGCUACUAGCACAGCUAGUGACGUUAUAAAAUUCUCCCAAUUAAGAUCUAGUAGUGCAAUUUUUUCCUGACGAAUAGCGUGUAGUCAUUCUACUAGUGUUCAGAACUUUCACGGAGUAGUGGAAGGCAAUAGUGUAAAAAACGUCAUGAGUAAGACAGAUGUUCUACUAGUGUGCUGAAUUGUCUCAUUAGUGAGGACAAAGAGUGUACUAGUACAUGGGCAAUUCAGCGUACGACAAGGAUGUGGAAGGGUCAAAUCACAAGAAGCACAAGCACACAGCUCCCUGAUUGGUUGUCAGCUUUGCGCUGCUCAAGUGCGUUCGCACGUUGACCCCCAUUACUCGUUGCCACGGUGACCACCGCCACCAAACCUUUUUGGGCUGAACCGCCGCUGUUGAAGAAGCAGCCGUUUUGAAAGCACCAGUGACUUUUCUCGGACCGGCGAGCGGCGACUUGAGGGUUGAAUCGGUACCGUGACCGAGCUUGGAACUCGGUUUUCGUAAAUCGGUUUUCCCCACUGAAAUUGAAAUGCCGUUAAUCCGUGCCCGAAUGUUCGGGUUACGUUUUCUACAAAAGCACGAUUGUAAAAGAUAAAUGCAUACGAGUGGAGUAGUGGGACAUUCUGCCGCCUUGAGUGUAGAUGGCACGGGGUCGAUUCCCAGUCAGUGCGCCGAUACCCGACCACUGCCCCGAUUUAAAAAAAAAAAAAAAAAAAAAAACACACACAAGUGCAAGCAUUGCAUCAGGAAUAGGGACGUCCCCGUCAGGAUCUUUUGCGUCCGAGUCCCCCGAUUUUGUUGAUGCGCCGAUACGAGUCCCGAUGCGAGACUUUGGCGGUGCGCUGAGAAGAAAUUCCAAAUUGGCUCAAUUUUUAUUCGAAUGAAGCGAACCCAACACGAGAGCAAAAUAUUUCGUUGUUGACCUUAGAAGAAGAAGUGAAGAACACUCGAAAAUGACGAGCUCGGCUCCGAUUUGACGAUUUCACGCGACCCCGGUCUGGAGGGUGACGUUUGUACCACAACUCUAUGACAUUUCUGCACACUCUUAAAACAACUGCAUGUCAUUAUUGAAGUCAAAGCGUGCGCUAGUUGACAACUGUGUGAAAUUCUACCUGUUAGUGCACAGAUGUCAACUAGUGCACAGUUUUGGUAACAUGUAGUAGUACUAAUGGGAAAUAUGUCUUGGAGUCGGAAAAGGCAGUCGUGGAAAAAUGUCCCGACUAAGAUGUCGUCCUUGUAAGCUCUUUGUCCUCACUCGUAAGACGAUUCGGCGCCCUAAUAGAACGACAAUGUCUUACUAGUGACACUUUUUCCACAACUGUAUGACAUUUCUGUGCACGAGUAGAACAACGAGGGCACACUCACGAAACAUUACAACUGUGUGCUCCUGGUACUACUAGUGACGAGUGAAAGUCUAUCAGUUAAGCUCUAGCACUUAACUCGUAGUAUGAACUAUUUUACGCUAACGAAAUAGAAAUGGGAACGAAGUAAACCGGUUUUAUAAAGUGUAAUUACACCCACACAGUAGCAUUGAUGUGUUCCUUUAAGAGGCGCGGCCUAGUGAGCGACAUCAGGAGCCCGGAGUCACUCGGGUGGGCCGGUUACGGCGCGGUUCGUCCGGUGUGAGCGUCCGCGCCUCGCUCCUUCGCGAGUGUUGUCAUUUUGUAUGGGUGUGUUCAUAAAGGUCUGCAGCGUGGAAAACACUCGCGGUACCCAACGUUCGCGUGUCCGUCGAGGUAGAGGACACGCCCCCGGCCAAGCCCCGCCUCUGCUUGAAUCCUCGCGCCUCCAAGUGCCUUCCUCUCUGGCGAGAUGGAGGUUUCCCGAUCUUGCGUUUCACUUUCACGUGCACGUGUAGACGAGGAGGAUCAAAAAGUAACAAAAGUGGACUUGCGCUCGCAAACGUUUACACUAACGUGAGCGGCGCGCUCGUCUUUUUCUUCUCCUUUUUCUUCUUGUUGAAAAUAAGAACUUCUCGUAGCUUCGAUUGGUGACAUUCAAGUGCUGUUUUGUGUUCGUGUUGAUGACUCGGAAUCGGCGACAGACAAUGACCGCUGCGCUUCUUCCUUCCUUCUUCUUGUGGUUGUUGUGAGGAUGAGGAGGCACGGGCCUUCAUCACGUGACAAGUGUAAUCUUUGUGUACAAAAGUAGAAAUAAAUGUGUUCCUCGCUCA